AUGUCAAUAGAGAGAGGUCCUUACCUAAGUGGUGGAAGACUCACGAAACCUAACUCAGGUGGUGCUCCAUUGGAGGAUGGAAACAGUGUUCCUUCUCCUAGUGACAAGAACGAUGGCAAGUACAACAGCAGCAACGACGCGGGGGAGGGGGCGCCAACGACAAUAGUAGGGAGUGGCGAAGGACCAAUGGUGCUGGAGCAAGACAGGUUUAUGCCCAUUGCAAAUGUGAUACGGAUCAUGCGCAGGUUGCUGCCGACGCAUGCAAAGAUCACCAAUGACACAAAGGAAACCAUCCAGGAGUGUGUGUCAGAGUACAUCAGCUUUGUCACCAGCGAGGCAAAUGAGAGGUGCCAAUAGGAGCAGCAUAAGACCAUCACAGCCGAGGACCUCCUCUGGGCCAUGAGCAAGCUCGGCUUCAAUGACUACGUCCAGCCCCUCACCCUCUUCCUUCAGCACUAUCGCGAGGCUGAGGGUGACAACCACGGAGGUCCCCUCCGGGGGGAGUCUCUCCUGACACUAUUAAAGCGUGCAGCCUCGGAUGCUGGCCUCUUCAGCCACCCCGCUCUACUGUCGCCUCCAUUCCAUCACCCCUUGCCCCAUGAUCAGCAUCCCCAUAAUCUCCAAUUUUACUACCACUUGCACCCUGCUCCACCCCCACCAUCGGUAUUCUUUCUCAGCUCUGCGAGAACAAGCACCGGCACUGCAAACAGAGAAGGGGAGCCGAUGUCAGGGAGAUACUACAAGGAUGGGGCUGCGUCCUCGCAAGCAAGUACCUCCCAAGGAGCUCCUAAGGAUGGAUUCCAUCCCUUCUCUUCAUAUAAGUGA